AAACAUCUCAGAAUAUUCUGUACGCCUCUGCUACAAAACCCUCAAACAAACAGAAACGUUACGUAACACCACUCCCAUACGGAAUAGAGGCUGAGAGGAUGAUCUCGCUUCAGGUUUGUGUGGUAUGUUUCGUUCUUCUAGUUCCGGAGGGUCAUUCUGGAGAGCUGUUAAAGCAAACUGUAAAAGCUACAGACAGUUCGAUUGAAGGAUAUCUCACAGAGAGAACCUGCUGGUGGAACGAAAUUUGCAAAGAAGAGUUCCGAAGCCUAUUCCGUUGUAAAUGUCCAGAGUGGUCCUACUGUAGAGCACCAGGACGAUAUUAUAAUGCCUUCUGCUCCAUGGCGAAUACCGGAUUUAUCUGGCUACAGCCUGGACUUAAAGUACAACCAAAGUAAAGCCGUAUCAUAGUAUAUACUAAAAUGGAACUUUUAGGGAAUUUUAAGCAAUUUAUUCGGCCUAAUUCUAUAUUUUAUUCCAAAAUAGGGUACUUUUUAGAUUCCAAAAGAAUGAAAGUUUGAACAUUUCUCAAAAAAAAAACAAAUGUCUUUCAUUGAGUUGGUCCUGUACUUCAAUACAAAAUUUCUAAUUUAUGAUUCGAGAAUUAGCAAAUUUAUUAUUAAAUAUUUUGAACGAAAAUUUACUUUUUGUUAAUGUAUAAUAAAUCUAUUGUAAGUUGUUAAAGUAAACUAAAAGCAGUA